UAUUUCGUACGCAGCAGAAGGCCGUUUCGGUUCCGGUUAGUAGCGCCGGCUGGUUUGAGUCUCGAGUUUCUGCGUCCGGCUAAUCAGAAGUGGCGCAGCGUCUUUCAGUCACUUUGAGUUGUUCAUUCGAAAAGGUUCGGGUUCGAGUGGUCGGUCUACCGACUAUUCAAAAUUGUUCAAAUUGCUGGUUUGGACUUAACUUGGAAAGGCCGCGAUCGUGAAUUUAAAACAAAAUUGAACUCUCGGAAAAGGCGAUCGCAGUACACUGAGAAGGAAUUUUCCCACAACCCUACCCGGUUUGCUUAUUCCGGAAGAUCCUGAUCCGUUUCCAAACGAUUUAAGUUGAGAAAAAAUUGCAUCCCUAAUUCUAAAGUGUUAAAGUGUAGUGUGUUCCUUAAACUGUUUGGCUCGCAAUCUUUCAUUCAUUGCACCCUUUAUCAGUUGGAUUAAUCUGGAGUGGAUAACCCUUUUGCGGAUACUGACCUUUUGCAACCACUUUGAGUAAAUAGAUAAAAGAAAACAAUGCCUCCGCAAACAACAUCGGAUACUCUCAACACACCACCCCAUCAAAAUGGGAAACAAGAAGUCACAAAGUUUGAAACGGAAAAAAGCAAAGAAGAUCCAGCUGAAGAGUUAGCAGAUACUGCGGCCAUUAUAGUGCCCCCAGACGGUGGAUGGGGAUGGGUUGUGAUGGUUGCAUCGUUUUUCUGCUGCACAAUUCUUGACGGUAUCGUAUUCAGUUCAGGUUUGUUCCAACCUGCCAUGGCGGAAGAUUUCGGAGUAUCAAAAGGAUAUAUUGCUUUGGUCAGUUCACUGCUCAGCGGCUUUUAUCUGAUUGCCGGUCCAUUUGCCAGCGCUUUAGCGAAUCGUUACGGAUUCAGGCCGGUUACAAUUGUAGGAAGUAUAAUUGGAGGUGUGGCAUUUGCUUUGUCGUACUACGCGACGAGUGUGGAGUUCCUUUUCAUAACGUAUGGGUUGAUUGGUGGCAUAGGAUUUUGCCUCGUAUAUAUUCCAGCUGUUAUCACGAUUGGAUAUUAUUUCGAAAAAUGGCGCGCUUUAGCGACUGGUAUCGCUCUAAGUGGGUCAGGAGUGGGUACUUUCAUUUUUGCGCCACUCAGCAACUAUUUAAUUGAGCAAGUGGGAUGGAGGUAUUCGUUGGUGAUCCAAGGAGGAAUUGUACUGUUUUGCAUUGUCUGCGGAGCUGCGUUUCGUCCAAUUAAGCCAAUUCGUGUGCCAAUUAAUGAGGUCGAGAAUGAAAGCAAUAAUGCACUUAUUGAGAAAAGGUUGCCCAGCAGUCAAACAAAACCACUGCCCGAAGGAAGGUUUGCAUACUCAGUGCCAAACAGUGCUCACAAUACAUAUAUGGGAGCCCCACCGAAUCUCCACUAUCCAACUGCGGCCGAAGUUUUUAAGGGUAGUGCAGCCAAUUUGGAGCGCCGUUUAUCAGCUGCAUCGGGUGGUCAUAUCACGCCGGGUGGAAAAGAUCACCAUAAAGGCCAACGUAAAUCGCAACCAACCACCCCAAGUGGCGAAUUGGCUCAACCAACUUUCAAUCUACACAAGGAACUCACAACUGUAGGAGAAAACGAGGAAGAAGCUGAAAGCCAGAACUUGUUAGAAGAAUCGGAAGUUAAACCAGUCGUAGUUACUGCUAGGCGUCAUACAAUCUCGGGUCGUCGGCCAAACGAACUUCGUCGUUCUAGUGUUAAAACUGAAACUGAAAACCCUGAUCGUCCAAUGUAUCGUGAUGAUAUUUUCUUCACAGGCUCAUUAGUUCGAAUUCCACAAUAUACUUCACAAACAUCAUUGGGUUAUCAUAUGUCAGUUACACGUUUGGCAACCAAACAGGAUAUCAAGGAAGAAAGGGACCAUACUUGCAAACUCUGUCCUGAGGCUGUACGUCGGACACUAUCAACUAUGUUGGACGUGAGCCUGUUGAAGUCACCUUCCUUCAUGCUUCUCUCAACCAGUGGUUUCUUGACAAUGAUGGGCUUCUUCAUCCCCUUUAUUUUCAUUACUCCGCGUGCUGAGGCAGCCGGAAUGGAUAAGGGCACUGCUUUGUUUGUGGUAUCGGCUAUUGGAAUCGUGAACACGGUUGCUAGGAUCGUUUGUGGUCUAUUGACUUCUUUCAAAGGGAUAAAUGCUCUGCACUUGAACAAUGUCGCUAUAACGGCGGGAGGAAUAGCAACAAUUUUCAGUGGCUACAUCAUCAACAGCACGACACAGUACUUAUAUGCAGUUGUCUUUGGAAUAUGCAUUGCCUGCUUCUCCGGGCUGAGGUCAAUUAUCGCCGUGGAAUUGAUGGGUUUGGAGAAAUUGACAAAUGCUUUCGGUUUCUUGAUGUUGUUCCAAGGUCUCGCAGCAGCGAUUGGGGCACCAAUUGCAGGUGUAUUUUACGAUCUUACGGGGGACUACGAUUACGCGUUUUAUCUGGCGGGAAUCUUAAUAACGGUUUCGGCGUUCUUAUGUUAUCCAUUGAACUGGGUAAGUCGUUGGGAGAAGGAGCGUGCCGCCCGUAAGGCAGGAUCAUCUGUGUAAACAAAACUUCGGCUCGGCUUCACAAACUUAUCAUAAGGAGAAUUUAGGAAAAUUGCUAGGUCAAGUAACUAUAAUUAAAUCCCGAUAGGAUGCAUUUCAUCAUAUUUCUCGCGUAGUAGCCAAUGAAUUUAAUAAAUCAAAUGGAAAGUUCCUUCAAUUAAGAAAGAAACGUUUACAAAACUUUUGGAAAAUUUUUUAACGAAAAUUUAUAAUAUUUUUGAAACAAUUUAGUUAAGUUACAUUUUUAUUAUUUAAUAACAUACAGAAUUUAUACUAUAAUGCUAUGCCUCUCUGUCGGCUCGGUAACACGCCUGAGAUUUAUUUCUUAUGUAUAGCAGGAAGUUUAGACAAUUUUGUGAGCUACUGUUGAGGUAGGUUGCGAAAAUGUGUGUGUCUAUGCUAGGAAUGGGUAGUUGUCUUGGCUAAUAAUCCCAGGAAAAUUUCCCAGGUUUCGAGGGUGGCAAAGCUUUUAAAAUGUACUUUUACACUUUUAGAGAAAAACUAUCGUACAGAGGAUUGGUGCUAAAUACAAAACAAUAAAUCAUACACUAGGGUAAUAGUUUACGAUUAGGCUUAAGACAUUUGAACGUAAUAAAUGUAAAGUGCCAAAAUAUUUAAUUGUAGGCUACCGUUAGUUUGAUUAAAAUGCAAAAAGAUAACUUGUGAAUAUAUUAUACAACUUCGUUACUACACUAAGUAAGUUCUAAUUUAGAUGAAUGCAUGUGUGUAGAUGGAAUUUCGGAGACAAGCGGCAACAGUUAUGUUCUUCACGGCUCUCGGGUCGAUUGAAUGUGUUCGUGUACCAUUUCGAAGGGUCAUAAUCAGAAUUUACAAUAUUUUUAUUUGUUUCCUUAAUCAAAUCACUGGUAUGAUGUGUAAUAUGAACAUGUAUAGAAAGUAGCAUCGCCCAGUUCAUAUAUUCAUUCUGGUCUAAGUAAUACUAUAUCUUCUUUUUUUCGGGUGCUCAAAUGCUGGAAAAUUUGAGACACCUUAGUCGUAUCUUUUAAUUGCAUCACAUAGGUAGAUACUAUGUAAUAUAAACACCAGACAUAGAUUUAGAUUGUAAGAAGAAUUUAGGUUAAAUCUGUGAUAUCAGCAUUAUAGGAUUUAUAUUUUGUUGAUAUUGUGUUUAUCUUUGACUUUUAUUACAUUAUUUUUUUAUAAAAAAUUGUGAAAAUUAUAUUGUUGCAAUAUUUAUAUGUACUUGUUUUAUCUUUGAAACAUAUGUAGAAAGAAUUGCAACGUUGCUUUGUUUGAAAAUAAAUAAAAAGCCGUUUCGAAAACCACAA